AUGCGCCCUCAGAUGUUGUUUGAUCACUUCAACCAAACGCUGUUUCGCCUCAUUGAGGAGGAGCCUGGAUUCCACGACGAACUGAAAUACUUCCGGGAGCGGAAAGCGCGCAUGUCUGAGAUUUGUCGUUUACAUGCGCGAAUGGACGGACGACUGCACCGCGCGCGCAUUGAAGAGAAGCGGGACAUUGGCGAGCAGGACCGCAUGUGCCACUUGGUGCUGUUGGAAUCGCAGGGGUUCUCGAAGCACUUCAAGUGGCGCGAGGGCGGUGAUCCCAUCGACAUCGAGUGCAGAACACAGGGAUAUCCCCACAAGACGGCCGUUCUCGCCCGCAUCGACGGGGUGGCCGACGGCGUCGUUGCCAAUCUGCUCCUCAACACGGGCAUCCACCACGACCUCGCACUCUCCAUCCCGCGCUCCCCAAUCACCGAAGGCCGGACGGAUGUGCGAGCGCAGUUCCUGACGCCGAAAUCUCGUGGGGGACGCAACCCGGCGCCAAUCAACGUCCUCAUUGGCAGGACGGACGCAGUGCUGAACAUGACGACGGCGGCCAAGUUCACGGCUCCGAAUCCAAAGUCAUUUGCACUCGUGCGCGAUCCAGCGGCACGCUUCGUCGACCUCUGGCGCGAGCUUGGCAUGGACGCGAUGCUGGAUGGCGCAACAAUGGAGGACUACCUGAGUGAUCCAAACGCAUUUAGGAACAGCAUGCCCGAGGCCGCUCGGUUGCGAUUACACGAAGGUAUGGCGCGCUCUCUCGGCUACACCGGCGACGUCGACACGAACAUGCCCAUCGGCAAGGCACAGCGAGCUGCCACCAGCGUUGCCCGGGGCUUUACGCUCGGACUCAUUGCCGAACACUGGUUUGAAUCGCUGGUGUAUCUGAGGCGGUUGCUGUGUUGGAGCCAGCGAGAGGUGGAAUAUAUCGCACACCCAAGCAAUCCAAACGCCCCAGCAGGUGCGGCGGUGGAUGUGAUGUUCGGCCCUCCGCAGACGGCAAUAUCGGACGAACUGCGCAGCAAAAUCCUGGCCGUCAAUCGCGUAGACGCCGCGCUGUACAAGCACUUCAACACCACGCUCUGGCGCGGGCUGGAACGGGAAGCGCAGAUGCGGGAGGAAAUUGACAUGACGAAAGCGCAUCUGCAACACGUCUUGGACACGUGCGAGCCGCUGUUGCACAUGAUGGAGGCAGAAAUCGCGGAAUUGGCGGAGAACGGAUCUGGGAGCGAGCGGCGGUGCGCACGGAUGCUGGUGCCGGUGGACGUUCUGUCCAGGAUUGCGCAAAAGCGAAAGUCGUCGCGAUGGUCAUACGAAUAGGCGUGGGAGGGAGAUGUGAAUGGAGAGCCGGCUGAGUCUGAGUUGAAUGCGAGUUGGGAUUGGCUGGGUGGGUUGAAGGACUCAGUGACGGCGCUCGUGUGACACAAAAUGGUUCAUGAUGACACGUGUGGCUGCAUUCAUCGCAUGGCAUGGCUGGUUACCUUGCUGACUGGGUUACACCGCAGACAGUAGUACACGACGAGAGAGAGAGAGAGGGAGACGCUUUCCAUGUGAUGUGAUGCCGCCACUUUGGUGGUGGGGGAGCAAGAAGGACCGAGCACACUAUGCACCCACCCACAAGCACUCUCAAUAAAUGAAAUGCCUGCAAGC